AUGGAAAUUAGUGGUUGUUUCGAAUGCCAAGAAAUCCCAAUGCUCGGCCACCUACCACGCCUCAAGGAUCUAUAUCUCAGAGAUCUGAGAAAUGUAAGAUCGAUAAGUCCAUCAUUCUAUGGAGAGAGUGAUUGCAGUUCAACUAGCAGCAACGAUGGCCAAGGAACAAAAGUAUCAUUCCGUUCACUUAAACGUCUUACAAUACGAGACAUGCUGAACCUAACAGAGUGGGAAGAAGCACAAACGAGCAGAAUGCAGGUAUUUCCUUGCCUCGAAUAUUUGAUUUUAGAUCGGUGUGGUAAGUUGACUCAUGUUCCCCACUUGCGGGGCAGCGGAGCUUCUCUUAAAGAGAUGAAAAUUUCGUCUUGUGAUGAAUUGAGGGAAUUACCCUAUGACCUAGGCAGCCUCCAGUCUCUUGAGACAUUGGACAUAAGGGCUUGUCGAAAUCUGCAAUCAAUUUCGUAUCAAAAUGGACAAGAAGGCCUCCUUUCCCUUCGGAAGUUGUUCAUUGUUUGGUGCAAUGAGUUGAGCAACCUGCCAAAUGAAAUGCUAAAGUGUAGUAAGUCUCUACAGCAUCUAUCUGUGUGGGACUGCCAGAAUCUCACUUCGUUUCCUGAAAUGAGUGGGAUGGGAUCUCUACAGAAACUAAUUGUAGGAGGAUGCAAUAAUCUCACAUCCUUAAUAGAAUUGGAGAUUGGGCAAUUCUCAAACUUCAAUUCAUUUCAAGAUUUUUUCGACGGUAUCGAACACAUAAAAUCCCUUGAGAAAUUAGAGUUAUUAGGUCGAGCGGAUUGGAUCUCUCUACCAGAUGAGCUUCAACAUCUAACUUUCCUAAAAAAAUUGAGAAUACGUGAUUUUGGAAUGGAAGAAUUGCCCGAUUGGUUUGGGAAUUUGUCAUCUCUUGAGAAAUUAUCGUUAUUUGGCCAAGAGGAUUGGGUCUCUUUACGAUAUCAGUUUCAACAUCUCACUUCCUUAAAAGAAUUGGAAAUACAUACUUUUGGAAUGGAAGCAUUACCCGAUUGGUUUGGGAAUUUGUCAUCUCUUGAAGUAUUAAGUCUAAGUUGUUGUGAAAAGCUCAGGCAUCUGCCCUCUAAAGAAGCUAUGCAACGACUCACCAAAUUAAAAAAAUUACAUAUUUGGGGAUGCCCGCUGUUGGAAGAGAAAUUCAAGGCAGAAAGUGGUCCUGAUUCUGAGUGGCCAAAAAUUUCUCAUAUUCCUUAUUGGUAA